AUGCACAUUUACUUUUUUUUGUUCAAGACCGUAGCCCCAUCGUUCUCCUUUCUGGCGGCGAAAGACAUGAGUACCUCAGAUCAAAUCACCUUUCCUCUCUCAGCGCUUGAUCAGCGCUUACGUCGACUGGAGUCACUGGACACCGAGGAACCGCAUGUGGAUUCCACAGACUGUCGCGUGACGCUCCACCAUCGCAACCUUCUUCAGGCAACAGGGGGUAUCACCAUGAACUUUGAAGCCUCCCGACAAGCUCCUCAAGCAUGCUAUUUCCUACCUAUCAUGUAUAUGGCUUCUUAUUGCCGGAUAAAAUCUCCCAAAGGCGCAUGA